UGCGUUUCCUUUCGCUUUAGUCCGGUGAUGGGCAAAUCGAGAAACAUCAACAUAGUAACCCGGGAAAAGGCAACGCUGGCGGCGGGUUACUAAACUUUUGACCUACAACUUUGUAACUCGGUUUGACCAUUGGGUUGCCAGGAUACUUCGCGCAGAUACCUCAAAAUGUCUGCGUGCUGCCAUUAAAUUAGCUAUUAGUUACUAUUGCUAGCCCUAGAACAGCCCGCUAGCUACAGCUAGCUGCGCUAGCAAGUUAGCUACGGGGGCAAAGAAGUCUGAAGAAGUUGGCAUUUCCUCGUCAUGAAACAAUACUCUUGAGUAUGGACAGUUGAGACGAUCGGAUAAUUGUUCCAGAGGGUAGAAAGAGAUGAGUAGCAGUAAGACGACUGCAGUCUCUCUCCACAGCUCUGCAAGGCAUCGGAAUGGCGAUGUCAGAGAUCUCAACGCUGCAUGGGAAGCCCUUUCUCAGUCAAAAGUUGCUUUGCGGCACAUAGAGAAUCGCCUGGAGGCCGCUCCAGGGACUGGGGUUUUGUUGGAGUCCGUCAUGGACCCUAAGAAACACGCCUCAAGGAAGCUCAGCCGCAGAGCUGGCAGGGGGGCAGAUGAUGCGGGAGGGUCGUCCAAGCGGAGGGGCCAUGGAAAUCAUAGCCCAGAGAAGAGCAGUUCCCGCAGCCCACUGAGAAACGCCACCCUGGACAGUAAUGUCCGAAAGAAUAACGUGGAGUUCAGGGAGCCGCUGGCCUCCUUCAGGGAUGCCACUCCUCCACCACUCCAGCCUUCACAGCUGGAGGCCUGUAGCACCCAGUCAGCGUCUGGACCGCCCCUCCCUCCGACCCAGUCCCCCUCGGACCCCUCCCUCAGUCAGCUGGUCUACCAGAGGGACACCAGGGACAGACAGACGGACGGCGACCUGGACAGCACGCACUCCUCGGCUCUGGCGAGCACAGAGGUCCGCUACCUCAACGACCGGUCCGCCCUGGACGCCACGAGGCCCCCGCCCGUCCAGGCGGCCCUCGCCGCGGCGGGCGAGGACUGCCAUCCCCGGGCGCCGCCGUGCGCCAGCCACGCGCAGAGCCUCCCUCCGGCCCGAGCGGAUCUCUCGGCGUCCUCCAGCCCGGGCUCGACCUCGGCCGUGGCCUCGCAGCGGCUGGAGAACCUGCGGCGGCGGCAGCCCGACGAGAAGCUGGAGAAGCUGAAGGAGCGCAUCCGCAAGCAGAGGGAACACCUGGAGGAGGCGGCGGAGCGGGACAAGCUGCUGGGCUACCUGGAGCAGCCCAUACGGGGAGCCUUGGGAAGCUCCAGCAGUGGUACCGUCCCAACGCCCAUGGCUAAGGUCCGCAAGGUGGCGCCCGCCCCCCCUGCGCCCGUGUACAGAGGUUUCAACAGCAGCGAGACAAAGAUCAAGACUGCGGAUGGGAAGGUGUGGAAGGAGGAGGAGUUCCACAACCUCAGUAGAGACUUCUACAUGGACUUGUCACGCCAGCUUGCUGAGAGCUCCAGACAGCAGCAUCAGAGUGAGGCGCGGGGAGCGGAGCGCCCCAAAGAUAGGAGACCCCCCAAACCGGUCCGCAAGGUCCACAGGUCCUCUGAGCCACACCUCAAGCAAGUGAUCGGGCCGGCGUCGUGGCGCGAGGGCCAGAAGCUGGUGAAGAUGGUUCUGGGUCCGGCACCGCGGCAACCCCCAGAGGGCAGACCACAGACAUCUGAGAGACCGGGCCCAGCUCACCGAUCAAGCUCGGACCCGCGGCCCGAGCCAACCCGGCGGCCCCGACCCAACAGCACCGAGAGGCCUCGCAGCGGCCGCGGGCGCUCCGGCGCCCGCUCCCACACUACAACCACACUGGCUCCCCAGCCUGCAGCCCGGGAAGAAGCCUUGGUGGCCGCAAGCACAGAGCUGCUGUCGGCCGACAUCCAGGGCAUCCUGGACGACCUCCAGAUGGAGUGCAGGGAGGCUGAGGAGGAGGAGGAGAGGGCGCGGGAGAGGUCCGGUCGGGGCCACAGCGGUACAAGAGGCAGGGGCCGCUCGUCGUCCCGAUCGUCCAGGGCCUCGGCCCCUCAAGGGGCCCCCCUCUCGAGGGGCUCCCGCAGCGGCAGCCCCGCCAACCGGAGAGCGGAGCGGCCCGCGGACGCCGCGGACGCCGCGGACGCGGAGCACAGGAAGCGGCACUACGACGCGGACACGGUCCGGCAGUACAUCGUCCAUCAGCAGGAGGGGAGGCGGAGGCGGCAGAUGGAGGAGCGCAGGGCACAGAGGGAGGAGGCGGAGAGGAGGAACCAGAGACUGCAGGAGCUCUACCGGAAGCAGAGAGUGGUCGCUAAGGCCGUGGCCCUUCCCUCUGAGGCCCCUGUGGCAACUGUACAGAGGCGGUUACAGGAGACCUUUACUAAACUGCUGCAAGAGGAGGCAGAGCUGGAAGCAGAAGGCGAACAUGAACCGCCUGCUGCUCUACCCACCAAUCAUCACUUGCAGAGACCCAUGUACCAGCCUUCAGGAGAGUCGGACAAGGAGAACAAGAGGCUGGAGGUUCCCCAAAGUCCAUCCAGCAGUGACAUGUCUCUGUCCGAGCAACCGCCUCGAUUGUCCAGAAAUGAUUUAGAUAUGGGUGUUCUCUCAUGGCUUCAGCCGGACCGCACAAGCGUGGCAAGCCGAGCUCCCCAAAACGGCGGUGCUCUGGCGCCUCCUGGUGACCACCUCUUCUCCGAGAUAUUGAGGCUUGAAACCGAGGCGGUAGCCGCAGCCGCAGCAGCCGGGCACACGCACCGUCCGCACCGCCAGUCCCCGGGCUCCAACGGGUCCCGAUCCAAGAUGGCCCGGAUCGACGCCAUCAAGGCCACCGCCGCCUCCCUCUCCAACCGCAUCGAGAGCGAGGCGCGGAAACUGGCCGGCGAGGGGACAAACUACGGGACGCCAACCUCCAUGGACGCGGACGUGGUUUUGGCCCCGAGGCGCUCUCCGUUGAACCAGGAUGCCGGACGGUGGGCCAGUGCGGCCAGCCCCCCGGUCAGGGAGCCCUUCAUGAUGCCUUCGGACAACCUGGUUGAGCGGAUCCAGCGCUCGGAAGACCUCGCCAUAAGGAUCCAGAAGAUUCUGAGCAGCGCCGACCAGAGCUCCUUCGACGGGGACGGCUUGCCCGGUGUGGGCGACCUGCAUUCCUACAGAAGGCCGUCCCCGAAGAAGAAAAGUCCGGCGUCCGCGACGGACCUCAAACACCACAGCUACCGCCAGGAAGGGCGGGGUCUGCCCAACGGCCUGGAGAAGGUGCAGCGGCUGGGGGAGCCGGGUCAGCCGCGGGGCCUCGGAGCCAACGGGGACUGGGAGGAACGGGGGAACCACGGGAAGGAGCCCCGAGACUCGAGCGGCGGCUCCAUCAGCGAGGGCCCGCUCCAGAGCGACGAGGACCCCAGCCCCCCCCGCCGCGCCACCAACCACGUGCCCCGGAUGGCGGACAGCCUGGCGGCCGUCGACUACUGCGCCGGGCGUCAGAGGGAGGACGAGCGACCCCUGGCCCAGUUCCAGAGGGACGCCGAGAGGUACUCGGCCGUCAGCCCCGCCGCCCCGCAGAGAAACGGCACAAGGGCCGCCUGGGAGGAGCUGAGCAAAGGAAGUCCUCUCAGUGUGAUCAACAUUUACACCAAGAACCUCCACAGCCACCUUAAAGCGCCAGAGGAGCUGGAGAGAACCUCUCCCUCCGUCCGGUCGCCCCAGUCUGGGGUCAGCCCUGGGGAUGCAGCGGCCUACGAGGAUGACUUUGUGUCCUCUCGUAGCAGCGGGGCCACUGGCCAAUCGAAGAGAAGAUACAGUGGACACAGCAGUGUGAAGAGUCACUUUGAGGAGCUGAUGAGGAGGUCCCCGUACGACAAGAGGAACGGGGACUUCAGCUCUCCUCACCCGUCCCACCACUCGUCCCUGCAGUCCCCCCAUCUGUCCUCCGGCUCCUCGUCCGUCUGCCGGGGCUCCAGAGGAAAGAGAGGAACGGCGUCGGAUCGAAGUGACGCUACUGUGCCGGACGAGCAGAAGAGCCCCUGCUCCCCGCAUUCAGAAACCCGGUCUGCUGACUCGAGGAAGAGGGGCUCGGAGAGGAGCUCUGCCCACAGCCAGCCUAGGAGCCACCACUCUGACGGGACACUAGGGGGAGCUCCAGAGCCGUCUCCCAGAAGUUUGGGGCAGGACGGUGAUAAGACGCCCGCUGGCAGCCCUGGCCUGGCCUCUCUCCCGGGCACUCCCGCUGGCCCGGGGUCCCCUCCAGACAGAGCGUCUCCAGGGGUCUCCCCCAGGAGCGGCUCCUCUGGGGGAGCAGGCGCCGUGGCCCAGGGUGCCGCAGCCUCCCCACCAACCAGGAGUCCACCACACGCACACAAUGAUGGCCGUUUGCCAUCGCUCGGUGGCAGAGAGGAGACCACAGGCGAGCGGCAAUACGCCCCCGGUGUGCUGAGGCAGCGCAUGACCGCGGAGCUGAGCUACCUGGAGUCCAUCGAGGAGUCUGUGCGACAGCUGGGCGACGUGGAGAGGCUGAGGGGGGUGUCCAUGGCGCAGCAGGAGAGCGUGUCUCUGGCCCAGAUACUGAAGGCGCAGCAGCAGCGGCAUGAGCGCGAGCUGUACGAGUUGAAGAUCAAGGCCGAGAGAGAAGCGCUGGAGACACAGCUGCACAUGGAGGAGAGCCGGCAAAGAGCUGCCAGGGCCCACGCAGAGCUGCAGGAGAGCAUGGCGGUGAACCAGCAGCUGACCCUGGGAGGCCUCCAGGAAGCGUCCGCCAAGAUGAUGAGCCAGCAGGCGGAGGCGGCGCGCUACACGGCCGACGCGGCCCGUCACAUCAAAGAGAUGGCGGAGCUGACCCGGUCCCAGAUGGUCCCGGGGGACUUGACCGGCGCUGCCGAGAGCCAGAGCCGGACUGCGUUGGACCAACACAGAAGCUCAAACAAGAAGUCGCCUCAAGCACGAACUGAAUCAGACAGUUCCAGGAGCGAGGGGUCCUGCAGCAGACCCAUGCCUGGGGAGCCCCUCUCUUCCCUGGAUAGCCUCAGUCAGUCUGACUCCCUGCCCUACAGGAGACCUGAGAUCAGUGGCGGAGACAGCAGCAGCUACCUGGACCGGUCCCACGACUCCUCGGCGCAGAGGGACUGGCGGAGGAUGGACGGCAGGAAGGAGGAGCCCGCGGAGGAGGGCCGUGAGUCGGCCAGGAGGGGGAAGGAGGCGACGGGGAACAGCUCCGUAGAGGAGGAGGCUGCCACGGCCGCAGACGACUCCCUCGUCAGCGAGAGCAUCCACUCUGUGCUCAACGAGAAAGCAGACAGUACGUCAGUGGCGACCGACUACUCUCUGAAGUUUGACGAGUCCAUGACGGAGGACGAGAUCGAGGAGCGCUCGUUUCGCUCUCUGCUGCCGUCGGAGGCGCACCGGCGCGUCACCCUGGAUAAGAAGUCCCGUCCGCAUGAGGAAUCCGAGGAGGAGCCGGCCUCCCACGACAGGAGCUUGGCCUCUAUGCCCCUGAACCGCUCUAAGGAUGGGAGCCAGACCUUCGCCAGCGGCCAGGACAGCUUCACCCAGUUCACCAUGGACAUGGUGCGCCAGUACAUGGUGGACGAGGAGGUGAGGCUGCAGCACCAGGGCUCCCUGCUGCACCUGCGGCAGAAGGCCCUCAAGGAGAAGACCAGGACGGAGAUGGCCUGGCUGGAGCACCAGAAGAGGAGGCUGAGGGACAAGGGGGAGGACGACAAGAUGCCCCCCCUCCGGAAGAAGCAGAGGGGCCUGCUGAUGAAGCUACAGCAGGAGCAGGCGGAGAUCAAGCGUCUCCAGGAAGCCAACAAGGUGGCGAGGAAGGAGAGGCUGCUGCUGCUGAAGCAGCAGGAGGAGAUUGAGAGGAUGAGGAGCAACACCCUGAGGCUCAAGGAGCGCCUCAAGUCUGCCGGAGGCGACGCGCCCCCGGAGACCCCCAUGUCCGAGACCCCGGUGUCCGAGGCGGCCUCCCCCAGCUUGAUGCUGGCGUGCAGGGACCCCCGCAGCCCGUCUCCCCCACUCUCUGUCUCCGGUAGCGAGACCAGCAGCAUCAUGCAGAAGCUGAAGAAGAUGCACUCUCACGCGGACGAGAAGUUCCUGACCAAACGGGAGCAGCAGCUGCUCCAGAGACGGCACCAUGCAGCCGAGCUCCUGCAGUGGAAGCAGCGUCUGGACCGGGAGGAGGCGGAGGUCCGCAGGAUGGAGAAGGAAGCCCUGGGCGUCUGCGACCGGCAGGCCCACCACCAGAACCAGGUCGAGGUUCAGCCCGGCAGGUGGUCUCCAGAGGCCGCUCAGAGGGAGACCUCUGAUGUCGGCACCAGCUCUGGCUGCCGGCAGAACCAGGAACCCCUGAGCGACGAGAAGAGAGGGAGACUGGGUGAGGAGGAUUACUCCACAGUGAGCCCUGAGCGUUCGGGUUCGAGUACCCCAGCGAGCUCCUCCACAGCCCCGCCUGCCUCGGUCCCAGAGACGUCCAUGGCCUCCUUCCAGAGCAGCCAGGACAUCACCUCCGCCUCUCCGUCUCCUGGCAAACCAUCUCCCCCGGCCAACGCCAUCCUCAGCACUACUGCCUCCGCGGCAGACUGCAGCGGCGGCAGCGGGACCAAGAUGCUGCUCCGCCCUCCUCCCCGGCCCGCCGGCCACACACCGGGGCAGGCUCGAACCAGGCCCGGUGACCCCCCCACGGCCACACACACCGAUCCCAUGUCAGACCAGAGCGACAUCGAGAGUCGCAUCAGGGCCCUGAAAGAGGAGCUGAAGAAGCGCAAGUCGAUGGCCUACCAGCUGAAGAAGGAGCAGAAGAAGAGACACAAGGAGCGCCUUAAGGCACAGGAAGCCAGUCUACUUAAGCAGCUCGAGUCCUACGAUGAUUUCAUCCAGAAGACGAAGGCGGAGCUGAACAACGAGCCAGACUCCAAAUCGGCAGCUGAACCUCAGAUCAACGCGGCUGCCUCUGCCACUGAAAACAGCAAAGCUCUGCCUCCACACAGUUCUGACAGCAGCAGCAGGCGCUCCAGGGCGGUGUCCGACUCUGACGAAGGCCAUUCAUCCAUCCAUGCAGGUGACCGAACUCCUCUGGGCCGGAGUAGAUCUACCUCUCUACCCGAGGAGCUUUCGGAGGAGGACACUCCCACAGUCACCCCGACCCCAGCGCACGGGAGUCCAGAGCAGCCUUCCCCAGGGGUCAAGGCCCUGGGUGCUCCAGAUGGCCCCUCCAGGACGUCCAUCUACAAGGGAGACCGGCAUUUGCGUGGAGGAGCAGAGGACGAAAGCGUUGUGUCUAACCACAGGUCUGAUAUAUCAGAGGACCUUGCGGGGGUUGUGAGCUCCAAGUCUGGAAAUGGCCAUUCGGAAGUUCUCCUUAAACUAGAGACGAACGGGCCCACAUCUCACCAGGACUCGUCUGUUUCUAAACAUGUUCCCUCUGAGAACGAAGACGACAUAUAUUCUCCAUCCGAGAGCCGGCAGGACGAGAGAGGCCUCAAGAUAAGGGACUCCUCUUUGCCAGGGGAGCCCAAGCUCUCAUGGCAUCAAGAUGGCACCUCGUCCUCCAGUGACAACGCCUCCCUCUCGUCCAAGAUAGAAGCUCCGCUAAAGGAGGCUGAUGUCUCUCGGCGUCCCUCCGUCACCGUCACCGACGGCUACCACGAUGACUUUGAGUCGUCGGCGGAGGCCUCCCCCCGAGACGGCCGGCACAGCUCCCAGCCCACCUCUCCGGUCUCGCCGCCCUCUGGGGGCGUCUCCGGGCAGGCCUCCUACAGCAGAGACGAGGAGGUCGAGGAGGACAUCGCAGGGGAGCUAAGUGAACACUCUGAAGAGUUCAGCGACAGCCGUCACUCUGGAAAGCUGCUCGACCUCAACGACAAGACGGCAGAGUCCCAGGGUGAAACCAGGAAUGAGUUAAACCACUCCCCAGCCUUAUCUCCAUCUCUCUCACGCGUGUCUCCAGUGGAGGACGAGAUGCCGACCUUCUGCAUCGGAGACCGGGUGCUCGUGAGCCACGUUCAGCCCGGAACCCUGAGGUUCAAAGGCCCGACCAGGUUCGCCAACGGGUUCUGGGCCGGCGUGGAGCUCGACAAGUCGGAAGGCAGCAACAACGGCACCUACGACGGGGUGGUGUACUUUGUGUGCGAGGAGCGCCACGGUAUCUUUGCGCCGUCCGACAAGAUCGCCCGCCUGCCGGAGAGGUUCGACGUCUCCGUUGACACCACGGAGGACGAGGACUCGUUUGUGGACGACCUGUCCGAGAGGAGUAAACAAGCAGACGACGAGAAGAGCGCGGUUCAGCCGAGGAAGGAGACUGAGGAAAGCCCCUGUGAUGAUCCACCCAGGUCAGGGUACAAAGAGCCGCGGGAUGAGGCCGAUCAUCCAUCGGUACACCACCAGAACAUUGAUGCUCUGGAUGCAAACUCUCGUAACUCUCGUAACCACAACACCGUGCCCAAUGGCCGGAUCAGGGAUGGCUCACUGGAGUUUGACAACGCGCCCACGACUCUCCUCAUUUCUGACCUGGACAAGAUGGGUUCAGCCACACAGGGCCAGAAGCAGAGAACUCCUCACACAGGACAUAAAGAUUUGGACUCUCACCAUUCAUCAGUCACUCCAAACGAGCGUAUGGACGAUUUUGACAACAAGAGUAACGAGGGGAAAGCGAAGGAACGAGACUCUCUCGGUGCCUUUGCUGACACGCUUCUCAAUGACUUCGUCAAAGAUGCUGUCACGCAGUUGAGUCAGGUCAAACUGGCCAAGGAGAGGAAGAUAAUGGAAGCCAACCGGAUGAACGGAGAGCUGUUUACCGACCGCUUGGAGGGGGAGGGGCGGGUCUCUCCGUCGGAACAGAAAGAUGGUCUUCCCUUCUUCCUGGAAACGGAAAAAGAGGAGUUGUCGUCCCCGGAGCUAUGCAACCGACCGGAGAGCCCGGUGCUGGGGGCCAGCGGUCAGGAGGAGCUGGCCAAGCGCCUGGCCGAGCUGGAGCUGAGCCGCGAGCUGCUGGACGACCUCGGGGACGACCAGGACUGGUUCGAGGAGGACUUCGGCCUCAAGUCCCGCCGGGAACAGCAGCGACGCCAGCAGAGGCAAAAAGAGGAGGAGGAGGAAGAGGACGACGACGACGACGAAGAGAACAGGGUGGGCGGCGGGAGGCCCGUGACGUCGGUCGGAGAGCCACAGGCCAAGACGCCCCCCCGGCCCGAGCUGCCUCUCCCCCUGCUGCCUAAGCUCCCCGAGCAGCCCCCCAUGGUGGUGCCCCACUCGGCCACGGAGGUGGAGCGGCUGGUCCACGCCGCCACCGCCGAGAUCUGGCAGAGCUGCGGCCUCGGCGCGGCGGACGUGCUGACGCUGGCCGGCCUGCCGGUCCCCCGGCCCUCCCUGGGGUACCUGGGCAAGGAGGCCAACGGGCAGGACCAGGAGGACCUCUGCAUCCGCAGCUACCGACAGGGGGUCUACAACCUCACCUGGGAGAUCCUCCAAGAGAUCUUUGGCGAAGACCCCAACGCGAACCAGCCGCUGUGGCUUAAGCCGCGACGGGUCAACUCCUCCUACUCCCACAGGGUCAGGAUGCCGGGGAACAUCUCCACGGUCCAGGAAUUCAUCGCCACUAAAGUGCUGAAGCUGUACGGCCUGAGGAAGGACCAGAGCCAGAAGACCGACUGGCAGAAGAUGCUCAAGUUCGGCAGGAAGAAACGGGACCGAGUAGACCACAUACUGGUCCAGGAGCUCCACGAGGAAGAGGCCCAGUGGGUGAACUACGACGAGGACGAGCUGUUUGUGAAGAUGCAGCUGGCGGACAGCAUCUUCGACAUGCUGCUCAAGGACACCGCCGACGUGCUCACGCAGAUCCACGAGCAGAGGGCCGCACGGGACGCACUCUCCUGAGACCGGUCGACCCCGUGGGUACCCCCCACCCCCCUCACCUUUUGGACAGCCUCCGGCCAACUCGCCACUUGACUGUGCCCGGGCUUCCAGUUGGCCGACGUGCCAACAGACGCCUCCAGAUGCCUUUCCUUCUUUCCAACCAUUACCUCUCGGCAAAGACUGCUCCCUUCAGCCCACACUAAACACCUCUCGAUCGCUCCAGCCUUCCUGCGCCUGGCUACCCAGGCUUCUCUGCUGAAGUGGCUCCUUUUGAUAUCAAAUAAACGCAAAAAACAAGUGGACCUUCUAGAAGAGAAUAGACUGUGACAUCUCUCAGCAUGCGUUGUCCAUAAGUGCUGCUAGCUCAACGGUGUUUGGGCUAUGGGCGCCCCACUGUAGCAACCUCACCAGGUUUUGUCUUUUGAAGACGAAGUGCAACAGUGAUGCAACAGAAGAAUAGAAAUAUAUAUCUGAUGAGAUCCAAGGUUUUUUUUUUUUUAAGUCCCACUUAAUGCCUACUGAAUUGUAAUAUUUAUUCAGAAAUUGUUUGAUUGGAGAAAGUAUAAACAUGUGUAAGUUAUGCUGUUAAAUGUUGAAAACAGAUUUUUAACAUUUUGUAAUUUAAAGCUAGUUAAAAACAAAUCUAAAUAAUCUAAAGCACAAAGAAAAAUGUGAAUGUGGAAAAUGGCAAUAAAAUGUACAAAGGGUUUGAAUGAAUAUUAUGGAAACCGUAAAAAGAAGACUUCUGUCUAUAUAAUAUUUAAAUAUAAGUGAUUUGUUUCUCCUUCUUUCUUCUCAACUAUUCUCUAAAGUGCCCAGGAGGUCAGUGACCUGUUGGCCCAAAGGCUGUACUCUGUACUCUUUGAAAGAUUCACUCAUGCUGCUAUCUACGAAUUUGGGGGCACACACAAUUUGUUAUUAAUUGAGGACUUGACUUCACUAACCAUCUGAAAUGAUGCUUGCUAAUUACUGAAUUCUCUUCAAACAAAGUAGCCAUUACAUUACAUAUGCUUUUUAAAGAGUUAACCAUAAGAAUGUAGCAUGGUACUGUCUCGUGAUUCAUCACAGCAUCCAUGAAGUGCCUCUUUUGUUUCUAUAUAAAUUUAGACUUUAAACUCUGAAACACUAUUUGCUACCCUUUCCAAUGUCUCCGCCCUCUCUUUGGACCUAUUUCCUUUUGUAUGUCGCCCACCAUCGAUUGUACGAUACAUCUCCACCCUAAGAACUCCUCUGAUGCUCCUUAUUUUUGCCUUAUGGAUCAAACUCGCCCCAGCGUAGUUUCCAGAUGCCUUUUUCUUAUCUAUCCCCUUUCAGUGUUUGCAUAGCUUAUAGUGACUCAGAGAUAUAACCUGUAUGUUUUUUUUUUUUAUACCUUCCCAUACUUCUGUUUGUUUGUGUGUGGGGGGGGCACAGGUUAUCUGUUACUGAUUAACUGUAUCGGGAACAACACUGCUCUCCAUUCCACACGUACACCCCGUUGUCGGCCUGCAGAAGCGACGUAUCAUGGCUGACGGGCUGACAAAACACCCAGUCCACUGUCAACACGGUGGGUUUAGUUUCAGGGUCCUUAUGUUCACUACAAUGAUCCAAGACAAAUACUGUGAUGAUGAUUUACGUCAGAGCAUGUGCAAGGGUGUCUGUGCGUUUCUUUUCCGUCUUUUUUUUUUUAUAAAAGUGACCUUUUAACCUAUGGGAAUGAAAGUUGUCGGAGUGUCUAAGUAUUUCUUUGCCUGUAUUGGUUAUGCUACAUGAUGUGAAGACGCGUGCAUCAUUCUUUGGGAUAUACAAUCUGUAUAUCCUGUAGUACAUGCUGUACUUCUCAAUGUGUGUGGUCUGUAGGUAUAUGGAACUAACAUGAGUACAAAAGAAAAAGAGAAUGCUCCAUGGCAGACCUUUGUCAGAUGUCUGUCCUGAGUUUAUUGUUAGACAGAAGAAGUUAUAUUCAUUUGUAACUAUGCUGUCAAUCUGGUCACAUACAUCAGUUGUAUGUACGGACCAAAUAUCUCGGACCUUUUGCUGUUUUUUGUCUGUGAAUAAGAUUAUAUUAGGUUAAAUAGGUUAAUGAGUGGUAGUUGUGGAACGGACUUGCUUUUCAUAGCACACAUCAGGGACUUGUUCCUAAGAAGUGAGAUAAAAAGUAAUUUAGCAACUUCACUUCAAUUUUAAUCGAUAUCAAUUAAUUUGACCCAGAGAAUAAAAAUGUAAAAAUGGGCACAAAUGGUUUGAUAAUCAGAUUAACUCUAGUAGAUUUUGAAAUGUUAAUGAGUAUUUAUAAUGUGAGUGUGAGAUAACGUGCACUUGAGUUGUACAAUUCUUUUACAGUUGUAAAUAUACAAAUGUCUUUCUUGACUUAGAUCAGAUUCACAGUUCACUGUAACUUGAGCGAUUGUUAAAUAAACACUGUCUCGCCUUUGCAAAUAUGAACAUAGUAUAUAUUUGUAAACUAAAAUGAAUGUUGAAAUUGUAAAUAAAGCUCUCACUAUUUCUACAA